AAGACUAGUUCAACGCAUCGAUACCUUUUUGGUGAUCUCUCUUAUUCGUGGAGUAUUUGGAAACUUGCGAACUUCUGACAUUACAUUUCAAGUGAGUUUGUAUUCUUAAAAAGCCAAAGAAAACAUCUGAUCAAAUAAUUCACCGGCCAUAUAGAAGACGGGACCAGUCAUUGUUAUAUAGAAGACAGGACCAGUUAUUGCCAUAUCGAAAGAAAGAUUUCAAGAUGCUGCUGACCGUACGUCUGCUCACCUUGUUCCAGUUCGUCGUCUUACUCGACGACAUUAAUGGGGCUGUCAUUCUCCACAAGACCCCGACGGUGAUGGUGAACCCUACAGGGCACAGACCGACGCUAGCAUCAUCCCUUGUCAAGAGAUCAGUGGACUUCAAGCACGGAUAUCAUAACCAAUACAAAUUCCUGCUCCCUAGAUUCAGACGAAGCGUCUCUAAUGGCGACAAAGCGUUCCACACGAGUAAUUACUUCCCUACUGCCCCGAAACAACAGAACGUUUAUUCCCCACCUGCACCAUCAACUUCUUCAGCAUCUUCGACAAAUCAGAACUGGAAUCUCAGGGCACUAGAGGAUGACAACUAUAACACAAGAGCCAAUAGAAUGACCCAGGAAGAUGAUUUUUAUAAUGCGGCAAGAGGAAGUCUAUUAUAUGCCGAGGAUGAUUACUAUAACUACAACAACCAACCUAGUCGAUUUCCAUCUGGGUCAUCCUAUUACCGUCAGCCAUAUUACGAACAUCAGGGUUAUCAGAACCAGAAUAUACAAACGGGCGGUCAGUACGAGGACGAUAGAAAGAAACGCGCAGCGUCUGCGCUAAAACGGUCCAACAAAAGCAUGAUUAAAAAGCGCGAGGUAAGUCUGAGCAAUUUACAAAUUCAGGAUUUUCCAACGCAACAACUCGGCGAAAGGAUACUUGGAAACAGCGAUAACUUGAAUAAUGGACAACUUGGUGUCACAGGCUUUGAUAACCAGGCUCUUGGUAACGUAGCGUAUAUUGAUGAUAAUUACUCGAAUAACCAGGGUUUUGGUAAUGCAGGGUAUUUUGAUAACAAUUACUCGAACAACCAGGCUCUCGGUAGCACCGGAUAUAUAGAUGAUAAUUAUUCAAACAACCUUCAAAACCCGAACAACCAGGCUAUCGGUGGCUCCGGUUAUAUCGAUGACAAUUAUUCAAACAAUCAACAAUAUUCGAAUAACCAGCCACUGGGGAUUGCAGGUUACAAUGACGAUAUUUUAUACGCGAAUAACCAGGGUGUUGGGAGUACUAGAUAUAUGGAUGACGACUUCGUAAAUCAACCGAUCGGCUCCACAGGUUUAACCAACAGUCAAGGGGUAGCUAACGCCGGAUAUUAUAGCGAUGAUUAUACCCCGAACAACCAGCCACUCGGGGCAAACGGAAACUCGAAUAAUCUUCAACUUGGCGGCGGGGGUUUAAUAGAUGACGAUUUUAUAACUAAUGGCCAACAGAUAGGAGGCGUUGCUGGUGGCAACCAAGCUGACCAGAUGGGUGGAGUUGAUGGGGUACUUUCACAAGUUGGGCGGCGUGUUAUUGAACACUCUUGGCCGGGUAGGCAGGUCAGUGGAGUCGGUGUUCAAGAUGCAGAAGAUGUCGCAACUCGACCAGUUAGCGGAUUAACAGGCGCUGACGUGCAUCAUCGAGGUCGCUACCCAUAUUUAUCAAACAUCUUUAAUAAAAGACCAUUUCAUCUCGGGGGGGCUGGUGAACAGAGACCAAUUGCCAGCGUGACGAACAACCCCACCGCAACUGUUGUCAACGUCACAGACAUACAAUUUCCGCAGCCGAAUCCACAAAACAAUGGCGUCCCAAAACCAGGAAGAUACAUCAACACCCCGGACAAUCCUAAUCUAGAAGACAAACCAAGAACGCGGGUCAAUCAGAACCGAACGAAUUCAGGCGCACCGUUACCAUUGCUACCACCGAACGCUGUGCACGAGACAAGAAAGAAGCGCGACAACUCUGAUUGGUUUAAUAAUAUGUUUAAUGGACGAGGCGACGACUAUUCAUCUCAGGUUGGUUUACGGAAUCAAGCCAUGGAUGAUGAUUAUUAUUAUUAUGCAGUUAAUUUUAAUGGCGGUAACGCUGGUGAUGAUUACAAUGACUAUUUUAACGGGUUUCAACGUGCAGACCAAUUUGAGGAAGAUCGAAAGAAACGUGAUAUUGCAUUGAAAUCUCGAACUGACAAUCAGAUAAAUAAGGCUUCACUUGUUGGAUGAGUUACCAAAAUUAUUAUGUUUAUGCCUAUACAAAUGUUUCACUUUUUUGCUUAGUGUUGCAUUCUAAUUAAUGCAAUGAUUUAUUAAUUGGAAUAUAGAAAGAAAUAUGGCUAAAUUGGAAUAAGGUAAAAAGAUAUGGCUAAAGUAUCUUUGACAGAGGGUCAGAGUUAGGGUUCGUGAAAACAGUUACUCCGAUAUGCCAUUUUGCGCAUAUGUUCUAUGACAUUUUGUCCUGUGGAUAGCCUAUAUGCCCUGUGACUUUUUGCCCUGCGUGCAGAUGUUCCGUGACAUUUUGUCCUGUGGCGUUUUGUCCCGCAUUCAUUUACAAGGAUUAAUGAUUCCCAAAAUGACGACGAAAUACGGUUUCAGUUGUUACAUGCCAAAUAUCGUGUUUUGUUAAUUAAUUGUUUCUAUUUCUAUUGUUUAAUUGUAUAAUUAUUGUUGUUUUAUAGCAUUCGGAGAACGAAUGUUGUUUUGUAUUCUAACGUGUAGAGAAUGAAUGUUGUUUUGUCUUAUAACAUAUAGAGGAUAAAUGUUGUUGUCUUUUAUAACAUAUUUAAUGUUGUUUUGUUUUACAGCAUGUGAACAAUAAAUAUUGUUUUGUUUUAUAUCGAAAAUUAAAUGUUGUUUUGUUAUAUGACAUAUAGAAUGUUGUUUUAGAAAACCAUUGUUAAAAUUGUUAUAUUGUUUAUAUAUAAUCAUAUAUUUGAAUGUUUUCAAUAAAUCAUAGUUCAGUUAAA